UGUGCCAAUUUCCGUUCUCCUACAUUCGCCGUGCACAACUUGUGCUAAACUUUUAUGUGUAUGCCGCUGCUCUACAAUUUCUUUUCUUUCUCUUUUUUUCUCGAUUUUCCACCACGCAGUUGAAGGAGUAUGAGCUGAGUGAAGUUUUCAACUUUGCUGAAGACGAUCGCAAAUAUGAGACGGUGAAGACGCAAACACACUUGGAAGCGGAACAUGACUCCACCAUCACUAAUAAUGAGCUUUCGGCGAGCAUUGAACGAGAGCGGCAAAAUGAAAUCUCCGCACAGCCCACAUCAGUAACGGAGAGAGAUCGCAUACGAUCGCGUUUGUUGGCUAAAAUGAAUCCAGGCUAUAAUAACAACAGCAAUACCGCUGGCAACGGUAAUACCGCGAAUAUAGUGCCGAAAAAUGAUAAAAAUGCCAUCAUGCAGAACAUCGCCAGCAGCUAUCAGCGCACGGAGGUGAGCACAAACAGCAGCGCCACAGCCGCCAAUUGGUUGGGUCCACUGCCGAAGCGGCGCCGCACGAAAUCACGCACGAAGUCACGCGAUUGCCGUGUCAGUCAUUGGUCAGAGUGGUCGGCCUGCAGCAAAACGUGCGGCAUCGGUGAGAUGCAUCGAUAUCGCAAGGUCAUCCGGCAUGGCAAACGCGGCGGACGGCCAUGUCCUGCGCUGCAGGAGUCCAAAUGGUGCGGCACAGAGAAGGGUUGCCACUCGCCGGCGACCUAUUUCAAUUGGUCCACCACAUGAAGGACGCAGCGCAGCAAACGUAGUUGGUAAAGUAAUAAAGUAAUUAAAAUAAUAAAAAUAAUUUGAGGCAGGCAAAAUAUAUUUGAAAAUGUGGAAAAUAUUUAAAUAUAUACAGAAAUAUAUGCAAAUAAAUACUUACAUAUAUAUGAAUGUAAAAAUCGCAAAAUAUCUGUACGAUCAUACUCGGCUCGCUUUUGUAAGGGUUAAUUUUUUUCUUUUUCUAACAAAAUUUUGUAAAAACUUUCAGUAUAUAUU